AUGCAAGACAGGGAAGCCAUUCCUGGACCCAAACCUCUACCGGUGGUGGGAAAUCUGUUCGAUAUCGACCUCGAGCAUGGCUUACAGUCCAUUAUCAAAAUGGCCGAUGAAUUCCUGAUCUUUGCGACUAGCCAGGCCCUGGUUGAUGAGCUCUGUGACGAAAGCCGCUUCCACAAGGCCGUCAUCGCGGGAGUCGAGAAGCUACGAAUGGUGGCCCACGAUGGCCUCUUCACAGCCUAUCAUGGAGAAUGUGGCUGUGAUAUUGCCCAUCGGAUUUUGAUGCCCGCCUUUAGUCCGCUACGGAUCCGGGACAUGUUCGAGGAUAUGAGUGACGUCGCACAACAGUUGUGUCUUAAAUGGGCCCGCCAGGGCAGUUCGACCAGUAUCAAUAUCUGCGAUGACUUUACACGCCUCACAUUAGACACCAUCUGCCUCUCCCGCAACAUCAUCCAAGAGCGCAAAAAUAAGCCGGAGCCGGUAGAGGACCUGCUGAAUACGCUGCUGAACGGACAAUACCCAGUCACCGGUGAAGGCAUGAGCGAUGACUUAAUUAUCAACAACAUCAUUACCUUUCUGAUCACGGGCCAUGAGACUACCUCCGCCCAGAAUGAAAUCGACGAAGUCAUCGGCGAGGCUCCAAUCACAAAGCCGGAGGUGCUUGGCGGCAAAUGGGUGAUCAGUCCUGGACAGUCUGUCAACCUGCUCUUGCCUGUCUGUCUAAGAGACCAGAACGAGGCCCAACUGGUGGUUGCCUUAGUCCUUCAAACAUUUGAUUUCGUGGCAGAUGACCUGUCCUACGAACUGCGCAUCAAAGAGACUCUCACUAUAAAGCCUGACAGUUUCCGAGUUCGAGUGACAUUGCGUCGCGGCCAGAGUGCCACGGAGCUAUCCCGGCGCAGUAGGUCGUUGAGUGCUACCACAAGCCCGGCAUCGCCCACUCUUGCUAGGAAUGGAAAUAAUCAGAACGUGGCAGGAGGGCAGCCGAUUUCUUUCUUUUGCAGCUCUAACAGUGGAACGUGCAAAGCUCUCGCCCAUCGGCUGGCAUUUACUAUGAUGGCCCACGGGUUUACUGAUCAGAAACCGGCCUCACUUGACAGUGCGGUCAACAAUCUACCGAAAGAUCAACCGGUGAUCAUCGUAACCACCACCUACGACGGUCAGCCGACAGAUGAUGCAAGGAAGUUUGUCACCUGGCUUGAAAGCGGCAACUGCUCGUUGCUCCAGGGCGUCUCCUACGCAGUCUUCGGCUGCGGCCACCAAGGCUGGACCAAAACAUUCUAUCGCAUCCCGAUCUUGAUCGACGAUCUGAUGCAAAAGGCUGGAGCCACGCUGCUGCCCUUACAACCCGCCCUCCGGGAGACGUUCCUCCUGUCCAAUAGCGACAACGCCGCACCGCUCGAUCCGAGCCAGCUCCAAAUCAGCCUAAGCAAGCCUACAAGAGUGGGCUUGCACCAGGGCUGCAUCGAGGCGACUGUGACCGACGUCCGGAUCCUAACCUCUCCCGGGACGCCGGAAAAGCGUCAUGUAGAAUUCUGCCUCCCGAGCGAAACCACCAUACGCCCCGGCGAUCAUCUCAAUGUCCUCCCGGUCAACCCGCCCAGCACGGUCUCAAGAGUCCUGGCCCGAUUCCAUCUCGUACCGGACCAUAGCAUCACGAUCAAUUCAUUCAAACAGCUGUCCCAACUUGCAACGCGGAAUAAUAUCAAAGUACUCGCCUCAUCCGCACCGCUAGAAGAAGACAAACAAAAGUUACUCCAUUUCCACGAUCACUAUGAUUUACUCAUCCGAAAUAAGCGAGUCUCGGUCCUGGAUCUUCUCAAGCAGUUCCACUCCAUCCCACUUCCUCUAGCCACAUUUAACUCCAUGCUCCCCAUGUUACGUGUCCGCACGUACUCCCUUUCCAUGGCACCCUCCUUUAAGUCCUCAUACAGUUCCCUCACAUUCUCUGUCGUCAACGAGCCAGCGUGGAAUGGCAAUGGCCGGUAUCUGGGCGUCAGAUCGAACUAUCUCGCCUCGCUCACCGUAGGGUCCAUUCUAUAUAUAUCUCCGCGGCCAGCCAAAAACGCUUUCUAUCUCCCAACGGUCCUGUCUAGCAAGCUGAUCAUCAUGAUCUGUGCGGGGAGUGGCCUCGCCCCCUUCCGCAGCUUUAUCCAAGACCAAAUGGCGAUAUUGUUCUUUGGCUGUCGUGGGCCCCACCAGGAUGACCUUUACCGCGAGGAAUUAUUCGGGUUUGAAUCCGCCGGCGUGGUCAAGGUCCGGAGGGCGUACAGUAAAGCUCCAGAUAACUACCUGGCCCAGGGAUGCCGGUAUGUGCAACACCGGUUAGUGAAGGAAGCUGAAGCAAUUAAGAAUCUGUGGGCCCUGGAUGCGAUUAUCUAUGUCUGCGGUUCUGGGGGUAUGGCCAAGGAGGUCAAGGCCAUGUUAGAGAAAAUGCUGGGGACGCUGUCUGAGGAGCGCUAUAUUACAGAAAUUUUCUAG